UGUGUAUAGUAGUGAAGAAGAUGAGGAGGAUAUUGAGAUGUAUGAACACGACUACGAUGGACCGCUGGCCAAGGAAACAAAACGCAACCAAGGGAAAACACGCUGGACAAGAGAAGAGGAUGAGAAGUUGAAGAAGCUGGUAGAACAUCAUGGUUCCUCGGACUGGAAACUCAUCGUCAGCUUCUUACCUAACCGUACAGACAUGCAGUGUCAGCACCGCUGGCAGAAGGUUCUCAACCCUGAACUCAUCAAAGGACCCUGGACCAAGGAGGAGGACCAGAGAGUGAUUGAACUAGUCCAGAAGUAUGGAGCCAAGCGUUGGUCGGUGAUCGCCAAGCACCUGAAGGGUCGGAUAGGGAAGCAGUGCAGAGAGCGCUGGCACAACCACCUGAACCCUGAGGUGAAGAAGACUUCCUGGACCGAGGAAGAGGACCAGAUCAUCUACCAGGCCCACGAGAAACUGGGAAACCGCUGGGCCGAGAUCGCCAAACUGCUGCCUGGCAGGACUGAUAAUGCUAUCAAGAACCACUGGAACUCUACGAUGCGUAGGAAGGUGGAACAGGAGGGUUACCUUCAGCACUCCUCCCACUCCAUCGCCCCCGGUUACGCCAAGGCCAACCACCACAACGUGGGCUUCCAUCACCAUUCCCCUCUCCCUCCCCUCUCCCUCCUCACGGGCACCUACCCCUAUAUUCCGGACCAUAGGGUUCCCUUUCCCCUAGCGCUGCACGUCAACAUCUUGAACAUUCCACAGUACGGAACAGCUGCUAUACAGAGACAUUAUAAUGAGGAGGACCCGGAGAAGGAGAAGAGAGUGAAGGAGAUUGAGCUGCUGCUGAUGUCAACAGAGAAUGAGCUGAGGGGACAGCCUGCACUACCUAUCAUUCCGUUCUCCAGCUGGGGGGGUCGUACCAGUUCAGAGAGCCGAGGUCAUCACUACCAGGCCCCCUGCCUCUCUAUAGAGAGCACCUCACACAGCGGCAGCAACAACAAUAACAACAACAGCAACAACAACAACAACAACAGUCACCAUGACAGCCACGCCCUCUCCAACCUCCCGGAGUUCAUGGAGUCAGUCAUCGACUCGCUUUUCAACCAAUCAGACAGCCACAGCUUACCAAUGAGCUCCCAGAAACCCCUGGUGGCCACAGCUCCGCCCCGACAGCAGAAAGAGAACGGCAUGUUCAGGACUCCUACUAUCCGUCGUUCCCUCCUGGAGUUGUCUCCUCGUACUCUGACCCCGUUCAGGUCUUCCAUGGUAGAGUGUAUAAAACAGGAACCUAUGGAGUGUGUUGUCUCAGUCGGGGGCCAACAGCCACCCGGUAGCUCCCCAGACCAACAGCCACCCUUAAAGAAGAUCAAAGAAGAGAUGGAGUCUCCCUAUCUGCAGUGGGAGGGGCCAGACAUCCAUGCCCAGCUCUUCUCCCCCUCCGGCCCCGCACAGGAAGUACCUGAUCUGCUGACUAGUUCUGUACUGAAUCAAGACGGACACAAAUCCUACCAUCUCCCCCGUCGGUCUCUGGGCAGCCCACUACAGCUCAACACUUGGGACCAAGUGGCUUGUGGGAAGGUGGAGGACCAAGUCUUGGCUUUAGAGCAGAACCAUAAAUACAUCACCACUCACUCUGCUAGGACCUUAGUCAUGUAA